UUUGUUUUAUUAAAACAUUUACACACAUAAUAAUAAAUUAACUGAUUAUAAAGAAAUAUUAAUAUUAAUAUAUAAUAAAUUUAUUUUUUGUUUAAUUAUAAUCAAUAAUAAAAAUAAUAAUAAUCACAUAAACCAUUUGUUCUAAACGAAUAAUAGUUUAGUUUUUUUACUCAUCACCAAAAAUAAAUAAAUAAAAUAAAAUAAAAUAAAGUUUUAAAUAUAAAUAUAAUAUAAAUAUAAAAAUGCAAAAAGCUAUUAAAUAUUUACCAGCUUUAGCAGGUAUUUUGUUUGGAGUUGCAUGGUUCUUUUGGAUAGAUGGCCAUGUUUAUGAAAAUACAUAUAAUAGAAGACAUCCAGAUGCUGAGGGACCACGUAUUCAAUGGGUAUUUUAUUUACCAGGUAUUUUUUCAACAGUUGGCAUGGUUAUGGCAAAUAUUGUAGAUUUAUCAGCAUUAUCUAAUGGAUCAUUUUUAGAAGAUGGCGGUGCAACUAAAGUUCGUAUUUGGUUAUUUGUUAGUUUUGCCAUUAAUUUUGGUUGUAUUGCCGCUGCAGUUUGGAUUAUGGCCGCUCUCUUUAUGCCACCACACAAUUCAAUUUCUUCUGCUCAAUGGCCUGGUAUUGCAAUUACAGUUCAAAAUGUUUUAAUUUUUAUAAGUUCACUUUUAUUGGUAUAUAAAAGAUCACGUAAUGAUGAUGAAUUCCAAUCAUUUUAAAUAAUUAAACAACUGCCUUUAAAUAUACAUAUACACUUUUACCAUAUAC